UUCCCGUACGAACAGUCUACGCAUCAAUUUCUACUGUAGAACUAUCUCCAUGUUACUGUUAGUAUUAUAGAACUUAGAAGUUUAGUUUAGCAAGAUUAUGUCGUAUUUCCUACCGUAGUAUUUCCUACACGAUACCGGCCGAGAAAAAACUUCAGAGAAAUUUGUGUACCGUAUCCAUUUCUACAGAUCUGCAGAGCUGUGCAGCAACGUACGCGUCGUGACCAUGGAUUUGUCCCUGGCCUUGUUCGUGUGUUCGGUGAUGGUAAUGUUUGUAAUGUGUAUCAACGCUGACACUGACAGCUACAGCGAAGCCGCCCAGAAAGGAGAGAGGAGCACGACUGCAUCGAGGUACAUACUUGGCCCAGACGGCCAAAUGUCUGUUCUUCGUGAUAAGUUUGAUCCAGAUAAGCGAUACAAGCAUGACGAUGCAAAUGGAAUUUGUUGCUGCGGUCUAUGCAACCCGGGACAAUACGUUAGAUCCUUCUGCACAUGUUCAGCAGUGCCAUUUGACAUUGAACCCCAGCAGAUUACCAAAUGCCAAAGAGUCGACUAUGGAUUCGAGUACAUGGAUAGGCCAAACAACUCGACUGUUCCAUAUAAAUGCACAGAAAUGUGCAAAGCGAACCAAGAAAAGACCUCUGAUUGCACGCCCAACGCAGACAUAACUUGUCAAUGCAUUGAGGGAUGGUUUAAUCCCAAUGACUCGGGUGACGACAACAUCCCAAGUGAGUGUCGAAGAAUUCCAGGCUGUAGAGCAGGAGAAGAACCAAUAAGACAAGUUUCAAACGAUGUGGUGACAUAUACCUGUCAACAGUGUCCGCAAGGUUACUUCAAACUUGAAGGUAACAGCACCAAAUCCUGCGAGCCACACAGGGUUUGUGAGACCAGACCAGGGAGUCGAACGUCUGAUGUGGUAUGUCUGAACGAUGACUUUGGUCCGUCAGACAGAAAUACAGUUUCAUCCACUACAACAUCUCCCCCGACUCAAGGAACACAGCCUAGACUCGAUGAGAUAACAACACCAUCCAAUUCCCAAGGAAAACAUGACACCCAAACUACAACUAAAACACCUGAGCUUACUGGGAAGCCAGUGCAGCAGUUUGGGUAUGAGACGGCCUUCGUUGCUGCCGUUAUUGUUAUUGUACUUCUAAUUGUGACCAAUGUGGUCUUAACCAUAAUACUAUUUAAGACGGCCUGUAAACGGUCUGCAGAACAUCAACAAGUCUUGCCAGUGGCAUAUGCACCAAUUAAAUUACGAUGGGAGGAAGCAGAGCUGAAAUCCAUACAAACACAAACUGUGUAAGUUGGAACUAGAAUAGGAAGGAGGAGAGACUAGAAAUUACAUCAGGAGGACUUCAUCCGACAACAGAUAAACACAUCCUGUUAUAUUAUUAUUCAAAGUCUCUCGGGGACAGAUCACGUGGAAUAGAGGAGUGCAAAAAGGGACUGACACUAUUGGUAAUUACUCAAAAUAAUUAUUAGCAUAAAACCUCACUUGUAAACAAGUAAUGGACAGCUG